AUGGCCCUGUGGGCCGAUGGUACGUGGUCUCAGGCGCUGGAAGUCUACGACUCGCUCACACAAAGGAGGCUGACGCCUGAUCCCACCAGCACCAGCACCGCCAUCAUGGCAGCGGCCGAGGAGUUGUGGAUUGUGGAGCUGCAGUGCUCCACCAUCCUCUUCAACUCUGCCAUCACUGCAUGUGGACGCUGUGCUCAGUGGGCGAUGGCUUUGGCCAUCUUUACCGACCACUUCACCGAGAGUCUGGAGAAGAGCAACGCGACCUACACCACUCUGCUCGGCGCCUGCGAGAUGGGAGGUCGCUGGGAGCUGGCCUUGGAGGUUCUGGCUUUGUCGCGGAGCGAGCGGAGGUGCACGAAUGUGACCUUCAACGCAGCUCUAGGCGCCUGCGGGCAGUGUGCGCAAUGGCAAGUGGCCCUGCAGCUGAUGGAGGACAUGGGGAAGGCGUCCUUUCCACGCGACACUAUCGCACACAACACUGCCAUGGCAGCCCUUGCCAAGGCCGGACGAUGGCAGCACGCGCUGUGGCUUCUCAGCAGCCUCACUUCCGGAGGUGCAGAUGUCAUCUCCUACGCUACUGUCGCGCGAACUUGUGCUGCGGAAUUCGCCUGGCGAAUCGCUGCAGCGGUAUUCGCGGACGGUCGGCGAGCCCAGGUGGAAUUGGAUAUCGUUGCACAUUGGGGCGUGCUUGAUGCCUGUGCUGGGCGCUGGGCAGUGGCGGGCGAAAUCCUUGCGGAGAUGUACAAGGAGGGUCUGCCGCCUACAGUUCGGUCAUACAGCGCGGCACUCGCAGCGGGGAGAGUGCCAUGGAAGUUUGCAAUCAACCUGGUGGACCAGAUUCGCGCACGGACGACGCAGCUGACACCUGUCGUGUGCGAUGCGGCCAUGGUUGCUUGCGAGAGCUCCGGGGAGUUGGAUCAUCUCUGGCUGCUUCUGGUGUCCAGUGAGCGUUCGCCAAGUGCCUUUCUCUGGGGCUUGGCCUUGCUGGGUACGUCCGAGGCAGAGGUGAUCCAGGAAGCUUGCGGAAGGGCUCUGCUGCACCUGCGCAGUGCCCGAAGUCAGAUCUCUUGCAAUGAGCUUGCCUCACUUUGGUCGUCCGGAUCUACGCUUGGUGCGGUGAAUCCAACCUUCCACAGGUGCCUGGGAGAGCUCACCGCAGAAAUGGAGGACUUUAGCUUGGAGGAGCUUGUGACGGCGGUAUGGGGCGUUGGGUCAGUGCCCUCAGCAGAAUCUGCCGGAAUACUGGUAGCGGCGCAGCAGCGAGUGCUGGAUAUCCUGCGUGGUCUUCUGGACACCAGGAGGGUGGAGAGUCUGUUGCUGCCACGGGAGGGCUUGCAUGUUCUUGGCGUUAUGCUCGCCUGCUACCUGGCUGGCUGCCUCUCACAGCCGUUCCGGCGCUUCCUGCGGCACACGCACAGUGGAGAAGGCAUCCUGGUCGCCCUCGCCUUCCUUCCAG